UGUCGACAACCGCACAUUUAGGGGACCACAAAUGCCUUGCCUUUCCCAGGCUUUCGUCGCGCUCGCGGCCUUGAGCGCCGCCGCCGCCACCGCCAAUCCUUCGGUCAGGCGGCAGCCCGAUGGCGGCGGCUUCACCCUCCACCAGGUUGCCAAGCCGGCCAGGCGGGACCUGGCCCAGGUCCAGAGCGGCCCCUGGUCAGUCUACAUGACCCACCUCCGCUACGGUGCCGACGUGCCCGCCGAGCUGGCCGCGGCGGUCGAGGGCGGCAGCGGCUCGUCCGGGAGCCUGACCAGGAGGCAGGGGACGGCCAACUCGCCCAACUCGCGCAACGACACCGAGUGGCUCACGCCCAUCCAGAUCGGGAGCCCGCCCCAGACGGUGCACGUGCAGAUGGACUCGGGCUCGGCCGAGUUCUGGGUCUACGCCGACGGCGUCAAGGCCGAGAACCACUCCCUCUACCGCCCGGCCAGUAGCACGACGGCGAACCUUAUACCCGGCCUCACGUGGGCCAAGAGCUACGCCGCCGGCGACUCGGCCUCGGGGACAGCCGCCUACAGAGACGUGGUGCGGGUGGCCGACGGCGUCGUGGUGCAGGACCAGGCCGUCCUGCCUGCCACCAACGCGACGCCCAACUUCGUCACGAGCCCCUACGACGGCAUCAUGGGCCUCAGCCUGGACCCGUUCGACGCCACGCGGCCCGCCAACGCCACGCGGCCCAAGAACUUCUUCCAGGCCAUCAAGGCGUCGCUGCCCGAGCCCGUCUACGCCGCCGACCUCAAGAUGGGGCGGGCGGGCCUCUUCGACUUUGGCGUCGUGCCGCCGGGCCGGUACAAGGGCGACGUCCUCUGGGUGCCCGUCAACCAGUUCCCCGUCCGGGGCGAGGCGUACACGCGCUGGAACGUCACGCUGGCGGGCUACGCCGUCGGCGGCGGUGGCGGUGGCGGUGGCGGCAGCCCGCCGCUCGAGUUCAACGAGAGGCGCUUCGACACCGUCGUCGACACGGGCACCACCAUCAUGUACCUGGACGAAGUCGUGGUGCGGGACCUGUACGCGCGGGUGCCGGGCGCGCGCGUCGACGCGCCGUCGGGCGGCUGGGUGUUCCCCUGCGACGCGGCCGUGCCGGACCUGUCGCUCGCCGUCGACGACGGCGUCGGCGGCGCCAUGGCCAGGAUGGUGACGAUACCGGGCAGCUACGUCAACUUUUCCGUCAACGAUGCCGCGAGGAACGAGUGCUUCGGCGCCGUGCAGGAGUCGCUCACCUCCCUGGGCCAGAAGAUCUCCAUCCUGGGCGACGCCGCAAUAAAAGCCGCCUAUGUCAUCUUUGAGGACGCCCGGCCGGCGAGAGACCCCAGGGUUGGCUGGGCCGUCAAGGACUUGUAGACUAGAGCGUGUUUCGUGGAAUGGGUUCGCUUGUGUGAGGAUGACUGUGUAUAGAUGUAUACCUAUUUCUGUGCUUUAUCGACCCCUUUUACUGUGUA